CAGUGUUGACUUUGGACGGCCUGCCUUGCGCUCCCAAAAUUGGCCAGUCCGAUUUUCGAGGCUCAGACUCUCCAGACAUCGAUUCUACCCACAAAAUUGGCCUUUACACCUGCUUCGCUUCUACUGGUGUCAUGAGCAUGUCAAUUCGAGUUUUAGAACGCAAUUAUGAUGCGGAGCAAGCCAGCCUCGUCGAUGCAGAAGACCUACGAUGAGUCCUAUCUUCAAUGCUCCACUGCGGUCUUCUUCGAAGGCCAGGGCAAUGAGGCAGAGGCCCUGCGGUCUUGGAAAUCGGCGCUCGAUCAGAUUAGCUAUUACAAAGCCUACAAACUCCCCAUGAACUACGCUCCCAAAUCUGAGACUGAAAGAGCGCUGUACGACUCGCUGAAACAACUCGAGACACAAUGUCAAGAACGGGUCAAUCUCCUUGAAACCCUCAAGCUCAGUCGACAGGAAGCGGGGACGACAACGCCAAAGGAGGAAAAACUGUCGGAUCGUGGCAAUGGGAGGAGACGGCUGGAGAAGCAGAGACUCGACUCGCAUACACAAUUUGAUCGAUCUGCGCCGUCAUGGUUAGGCGAUGAGACUGUACCUCCGCUGCAGAUGUCAGAACUCCCGGCAGCCACACCACCGCUUCCCUGGCGGCCUUCAUUGGGGCCCACACGAAGCAGUGACACAGUGGCGAGAGAUUCAGCAUCGCAAAGUUCACGGACUUCGCCUAUCGGUCGGCCCCCAACCUUGCCAGUACCGACCUCCAAGGUAUCGCGGAGCCCCAGUCCGGAUCAUGGGAGGAAGACGAUGAGAACAACCUUGCGGAGUGAGAAGAAGGGCUUCAGGAAGUAUCGAUCGGCGCCGAACCGUGACAGGCUCCCAGACACGAUGAGGGCGGCUGGCCUGGCGUGGGAGUCUCAGGCGCCUAGAACAUCUCAACAAAGUCCACGACCUGAGUCCGACCCUACAAUCGAGGCCAGAUUGAGUGCUACCGCUGCCCGACGGAGCAUUGAUCAGGAUGCGGUAGCGAGACACGAAGAGCAACGAAGAUCCACCUCAACACUCAGCGCCGCUGACACCCUCCCGUCACAGACAUGGCGGGAUCUUUCACAUGGAAGUCAAGCGCAGUCAACGAUGCAGAGAUCGAUGGAAAGUCUCAAAAUUACCUCCGAAUCUGUCCCCAGUUUGAUAGAUUUCGACCCUGAACCAGAGAGGCCGCCACUCCCACCACCCCAUGGCUCUUCUGGUGUACCGGGAAUCUCGAAAGCCAGGACCGCAUCCCCUUCAGCCCCAGCAAGACCGGUGGAGAUUUCGUACAGAAAGGAGUAUCCUCCGCGCACACUCAAGGUCCCAGCACCUCUUGCCAACAAUAUACUUGACAGGGCCUAUCAGCGGCCUGGCACGGCCACAAGCUCAUCUGGUAUAUCUCGAAAGCCUGUUGGUCACGAAAGCACAACGUUCGAGGGUCGAGGACGAUCACCCAGGCGAGACAAUCAUUCCGAUACUGAGGAAGAUGCCUCCAAGCAGACCCCGAGGCCGCUCAGACGGGCUAGAGCAACACGAACGGAGAGCGCGAAAACCAUUACUCCACCUUCCACCGAUGCCGAGUCGCUAGAAGAUGACGGACCUGGGUCGAGUGAAGAGAAGCGAACGGCCAAGAUUCUCAAAGGGUUGCCCAAAGGACUGGAUGAGAACGCUGCCAAACAGAUCCUCAAUGAAAUCGUUGUCAAGGGCGAUGAAGUCCAUUGGGAGGACGUGGCAGGUCUCAAUCCAGCCAAAAAGGCUCUGAAAGAAGCGGUUGUCUACCCGUUUCUACGACCGGAUUUGUUUAUGGGAUUGCGAGAGCCGGCUCGAGGUAUGCUACUGUUUGGACCCCCAGGUACGGGCAAGACCAUGUUGGCACGAGCAGUGGCCACAGAAAGCAAGAGCACAUUUUUCGCCAUCAGUGCUAGCAGCCUGACGAGCAAAUGGCACGGCGAAUCAGAGAAGCUGGUACGGGCACUAUUCGCAUUGGCAAAGGCUCUGGCCCCGAGUAUCAUUUUCGUGGAUGAGAUCGAUUCGUUAUUAAGUGCUAGGAGUGGUUCGAGUGAACAUGAGGCGUCAAGACGCAGCAAGACCGAAUUCUUGAUCCAGUGGUCGGACCUCCAGCGGGCAGCCGCGGGCAGAGAUACAACGAUUGGGGAUGCUACUCGAGUACUGGUGCUCGCUGCCACAAAUUGUCCGUGGGAUAUUGAUGAAGCAGCACGGCGGAGGUUUGUGAGACGGCAAUAUAUCCCAUUGCCUGAAGCCGAGACGAGGGAGACACAGAUCCGGACGUUACUGGGCCAUCAAAAGCACGACAUGAGUGAGGAUGAUAUCCAGCGAUUGGUUUUAAUGACAGAAGGGUACUCAGGAUCUGACAUCACAGCAUUGGCCAAGGAUGCCGCAAUGGGACCGCUGCGCCACCUUGGAGAAGCUUUGCUGUACACGCCUAAGGAGCAGAUUCGACCGAUCAACAUGCAUGACUUCCAGGCGAGCUUGAUCAGUAUCCGUCCGAGUGUGAGUAAGAAGGGGCUUGAGGAGUUUGAGAAAUGGGCAAAUGACUUUGGGGAGAGAGGCGGUUAGAUUGGCUACAAUAGGGAUUUAAUUUGUGUUGGGCGUUGGAAACGAUGCAUACAUCUUGGGUGUUUCGGCGAGCAGGACAGUAAGGAUGGAAGCGUGCAAAAGUCUCUACAGAGAGACUCGCGCGAAGAAAGUACAGACGCAUGUUUUAUGACUCGACGACGAUGCUGCUGUAUACAAGCAUAAACAUUCUUGAAUGUAGUAAACCCGCAU